ACUUUCCAAAUCUGAAUGACUGAGCAAGGCGAAAGGAGAAUUAAUCAACCACCGUGUGACCAGGCAGGCGAAAAAGAGUGGCGCGUGGGGGAGGGGAGGCGCUUUAGAGCAACAUGCUGAACUGUACGCAGCACUGUGGGCUACUUAGACUGAAGGAAACCAUCACAUACUGCGUCCCAUUUGAGAUAUUUAUCUAGAAUUAGGUUUAAAUUAUUAUUUUUUUAAUUUUAUUUUUUUUUGGAGGGGAUAAAAUUAAGUAGAGGGAGGAAAGCUGUUUAAGCGCCCCAAAAUCUUUGUGUGCUUUUUAACGGCUGGCAUUUUUAGCUUUUAAGCUAAUUAGGGCAGCUAGCAACAAACGGUGUAAUUAACUCUCUAAUUAACCCGUAUGCGGUGAGUCCUCCCUUCAAUAUUCAGGUUUAAGGUCAGCCAACCUUCACCCCCCCACCUCCCUGCGAGUCUGCGUCUGUGCUGCCGCGUCUGUAUCUGCUGCCCUCAGUGAACGCUGAAACUCCAGCCCGACACCACCAAACUUCACCGUCCCCCCGCGCGCGCGUCCGGCCGGGCCAGCACUUCUUCUUCUUCUUCUUCUUUUUUGUUUUUUUCUCUUUUCCGUCGGCAAAAAUUAGCCGACGGUGAGUGGCGCGGUCCGCUGUAGUAACUUGAAAAUAUGACGACCAUCAAAAUGGGAGGAAAGUCUUUGCUGGCGUGCUGAAGUUGGAGGUCCCCCCCUCCGCCUUGAGGAAGAGGUGGCGGACACCACGAGUUCACCCCCACGGUAAAAAAGGAGUGAGCUCAUCCUUCCAGCAGACCCCCCCCCUUCAUUGGGCUAAGAUGAGUAUAACCAGUGACGAGGUGAAUUUCCUGGUUUACAGAUACCUCCAAGAAUCAGGUUUCUCCCACUCAGCGUUCACAUUUGGCAUCGAGAGCCACAUCAGCCAGUCCAACAUCAACGGAACACUAGUGCCCCCUGCAGCCCUCAUAUCCAUCCUGCAGAAAGGCCUUCAGUAUGUGGAGGCAGAGAUCAGCAUUAAUGAGGACGGGACGGUCUUUGACGGUCGGCCCAUCGAGUCGCUGUCGCUCAUCGACGCCGUGAUGCCCGAUGUGGUGCAAACGCGGCAGCAGGCUUUCCGCGACAAACUCGCCCAGCAACAGGCUGCAUGCACCACUGCAGCUUCCACUUCUGGGAACCAGCCAAAUGCACCAAAGAACGGAGAAGCCACCGUAAACGGAGAGGAGAACGGCACUCACGCCAUGAAUAACCACAGGGAGCCUAUGGAGACGGAUGUAGAUAUAGAGAUACCAGCCAGUAAAGCCACGGUGCUGCGAGGCCACGAGUCUGAAGUCUUUAUCUGUGCCUGGAACCCCGUCAGCGAUCUGUUGGCCUCCGGCUCGGGCGACUCCACCGCCCGCAUCUGGAACCUCAACGAGAACUCCAACUCCAACUCCACCCAGCUGGUGCUGCGCCACUGCAUCAGAGAGGGCGGCCAGGACGUCCCCAGCAACAAAGACGUCACCUCACUGGACUGGAAUAGCGACGGGACGCUGCUGGCUACGGGUUCAUAUGAUGGAUUUGCCAGGAUAUGGACCAAGGACGGAAAUCUGGCCAGCACUCUGGGGCAGCACAAAGGACCCAUAUUUGCACUGAAGUGGAACAAGAAGGGAAACUCUAUCCUCAGCGCGGGUGUGGAUAAGACGACAAUCAUUUGGGACGCGCACACCGGGGAGGCCAAGCAGCAGUUCCCUUUCCACUCUGCUCCGGCGCUGGAUGUGGACUGGCAGAACAACACCACCUUUGCCUCGUGCAGCACAGACAUGUGCAUCCACGUGUGCCGUCUGGGCAGCGACCGGCCCCUCAAGACCUUCCAGGGCCACACGAAUGAAGUCAACGCCAUCAAGUGGGAUCCAUCGGGUAUGCUGCUCGCCUCCUGCUCAGACGACAUGACCUUAAAGAUCUGGAGCAUGAAGCAGGAUUCCUGCGUCCACGACCUCCAGGCUCACAGCAAAGAAAUCUACACUAUCAAGUGGAGUCCCACAGGGCCCAGCACAAAUAACCCCAACUCCAACAUCAUGCUCGCCAGCGCGUCCUUCGACUCCACGGUGCGGCUGUGGGACGUGGAGCGCGGCGUGUGCAUUCACACGCUCACCAAACACCGCGAGCCCGUUUACAGCGUGGCUUUCAGCCCCGACGGCAGGCACCUGGCCAGCGGCUCCUUUGAUAAGUGUGUUCAUAUUUGGAACACCAUGACGGGAGCGCUGGUGCACAGCUACAGGGGGACUGGGGGCAUCUUCGAGGUGUGCUGGAACAGCACUGGAGAUAAAGUGGGUGCCAGUGCUUCAGACGGCUCGGUUUGUGUUCUUGACCUGCGAAAAUAGCUGACCUGAGACUUGAACGGAUCCUCGAAUGUGCAGAAAAUUGCCUUCUUCUGACGUCAAACGCCCCCCUCCUCUCGGGGGAAGGGCUGUAAAGGUGGACUCCAAUGAAACCCUCACAGGUGUAGAACCAGAUGAUGCCAGCGGCUCCAACAACAGCUGAGUUCAAUGCAGCUCGUUUUCUAUUAAGUCUGAGGCGAGAUGGAAACUGGCUCAGAAAAUCCCCAAAAAGUGGCCUUGGCUCCCCGGGCGCGUCCGAGUAUUAACGGGUCUCUAAUGAAGACGUGCGGCGAUCGCUGCGGGUCCAGCUGUUAUCGUGGAAACGCAAAGAUGAGACGGCUUUUCCUAAAGGAAGGAGUGGUAACGAGAGCCAGGUGUUGGACUGGGUGAGAGGGAGGUGCGGGUU